AAAAAUAUAAAAAUAUUUAGAUUCUUCAAAAUACCCAGAAUAUCCCCACAUAUACAAGAAACAUCCAUAUAUCACUCCGCAAACUGCCACCAAAAACUCCAUCACCGUCUCUUUGAACAUUUUACGCAUUUUGGCCUCUUGACGGAGCCUCCAACGUCCCUCUGCAAACAACAGUACAUACAAAUCUCUCUGUCUAUUUUCGCCUUUUCUCUCUUGAUCUGGGAAUAGCGACAAAAAUGCAGAGCUCAGCUAUUUCAUUUUCACCAUCUCUUUCACUCUCGACCCGCCCCCGCAAGCUUCCUGUUCAAGGGUUCAAACCCCUUUCUGUCCCGUCCCCGGUAAGCCGCCAUUUUAGCUAUGGUUCCGCCGUUUUUUCACCGGCCGGAAAGAGGAGCCCGAUUAGCUGCUCCCUGAAGCAGAGCGGGUGGUUUCCCGGGAUUCCAGAGCCCGAAUCUGAUCGGGUUGUGCCUCGGGCCUCGUCGGAGACCGUGGGUCCGGAGGAGAGCCCGAAAUCAAAGGGCAUGAGGGAUACUUUGGUGCUCGGGUCGCUUUUCGGGCUUUGGUACCUGUUUAAUAUCUACUUUAAUAUUUACAACAAGCAGGUUCUGAAGGCUUUUCACUACCCAAUGACUGUCACUCUUGUCCAAUUUGCUGUCGGUAGUGUGCUUGUGACUCUAAUGUGGACAUUAAACCUCUACAAACGUCCUAAAAUCAGUGGAGCACAGCUUGUUGCUAUUCUUCCAUUGGCAUUGGUGCAUACCUUAGGCAACCUCUUCACAAACAUGAGUCUUGGGAAAGUUGCUGUUUCGUUCACUCACACAAUUAAAGCUAUGGAGCCCUUCUUUUCAGUUGUUCUAUCUGCCAUGUUUCUCGGGGAGGAGUCACUGGACAACAUUACUCUCUUCUCCAUAAUUACUAUCAUGUCUUUCUUCCUAAUGGCCCCUACUGCCAUUUUCAUGGAAGGCAUCAAGUUUACACCCUCAUAUCUUCAGGCUGCUGGAGUGAAUGUCAACCAGCUUUACACAAGAUCACUCCUAGCUGCCCUCUGUUUCCAUGCAUAUCAGCAGGUCUCUUACAUGAUAUUGCAGCGUGUAUCCCCUGUUACUCACUCUGUUGGGAACUGUGUUAAGCGGGUAGUGGUGAUUGUCACGUCUGUUCUCUUCUUCCGAACACCCGUUUCGCCUAUCAACUCUUUAGGCACCGGAAUAGCCCUUGCUGGAGUAUUCUUGUACUCGAGAGUGAAGCGAAUCAAGCCAAAGCCUAAGACUGCUUAAGAGUUGUGAUUUCGAAGACAAUUUUGCUGAUGAUUCUUAUUUCUUAUGUUAGACUAGAAAAUGGUUGUGAACUUGUUGUAUGCUAAGUCAGGAUGAAAUUUUUUCUUGGUUGUCAGUUCCUUUAUGUAGUGUGCGCCUUUUUCCCUUUCGCUAAUAUAUUUUAGAUUCAAAAUGUGACGGGUCAGAUUAUGAUCAUUUUUGGUUGUAGGCAAUUGUUCACUUGUUAAACGAACUUGCGUAGGUUAUAUUUUGCCUUCACUUAUGACAGGCAAAAAUGCAUAUUUUAUCGUUCAGUUGAACUCGAAAUUACAACCGGUAAUUGUAAUUUUUUUGGGAAUA